AUGGAUCGUGCCAAAGUGAUCUUGCCAGCUCUGCUGGCGUUGGUGGCGCUGGUGACGGCCCACGAUAACCCCAGUUCGCGUAUCGUCGGAGGAUCUCCGGCGAUCAGCGGGCAGUUUCCAUCCCAAGUCGCGAUACAAGUCGGUGGCACCGUGUUCUGUGGUGGUACCGUGCUCAACCAGAACCACAUCCUGACGGCGGCCAGUUGCAUCCUGGACGCGAACAACAACCUGGUGCAGGCGGCGCAGGUUACGGUGCGUGCCGGUGAGGUGGUCUUCCAGCCGACCCAGCUCGCCCUCGCAGUCCAGCGGAUCUUUGCCCAUCCUCACUACAACCCGUGGACGUUCGAGAACGAUAUUGCCGUGCUGCGGUUGCUGAACAACAUCAGCUUUCCGGCCGUGGCCACUCCGGCCGUGGCACCGGCCGAGCUGAACCGUCGGAUCGUGGCCGAUGCCACCGCGUGCGAGGUGGUCGGUUGGAACUGGACACCGGCGAUCCCAAGCGUUCCCCUGCAGGUGCUGACGGUCACUGUAGCUCCGCGGGCAACCUGCGACGCGAUGCACAACGGGAUCCUGCAAACCACGAUGCUCUGCACCCAGUACCUCCAGGCUACGCAGGGCGUAUGUGCUCCGGCCCGUGGCGGAGGACUGUACUGCAACAACCUGCUCACCGGAGUGGUAUCGUUUGGGUUCGGCUGUGGUCAGAACUCCACGAUGACCGUCUACACGCAGGCCCGCUACUACGAUCUCUGGAUACAGCAGCAGUUCAACCGGACGGACACUCCGGUCGCCGGUCCAACGCCGGCCCCGGGAGUCGAGGGUGGCCCGGGCAAGGCCAGUGGCCUAUCGCUUUCGGUGGCCGUCGUACUCGUGGCGCUCGUCUCGGCCGCGCUUACCCAACAGUAG